AUUUGGAGGCAUCGGUGAUCCACUGCUACUAGACGCGUAAUCGUGUUAAGUGAAAGCUUCUUACAUUCCGUCAAGAACCGUUCGAACUGUUUGAACGCACCAGUAAUUUUGCCGCCGUUUGACUUUGGUGUGUACAGUGUGAUCGGAUUCUUUGGAUGCUUUCUGAAGAUUUUCUGAGAUCCACAUGUCUCUCUUGUUUUUAGUGUGUUACCUACGAUUUAUUCCAUCCAUUGGCAGUCGGUAAUACAGAUACAGUUUGUAGCAAUCUCAUCUGUACGGUUACUGAGGUUACAAGUUUUUGAGGCAGGACUGUGAACCACCUGGGGAUCUAUUGCCUUCAUUUGGGGCUUAUUUUGAUAAAAGCGAUUCUGGUCUUUUUAGUUCAAGGUUUGAUCCUUGUCACCAUGCCAACGGUUUUUAGUUACCAAAGAUAUGCUUCAAAAUCAGUUUUGCAACGAUUGUUUUCUUCAGAAAGUUUCGGAAACAUUUCUUGUAAAUCAGAGAGAGUUCGGUAUAUUGGUCAACAAGCAGUUCAAUGGUUCCCAGGGCAUAUGCGUAAAGGCAUGGAUGUUAUUCAUUCUAAAAUGCCACUUGUUGAUGUCAUUAUCGAAGUUCACGACGCAAGGAUACCUUUCUCCGGUAGACCUGAGAUUUUUCAGAAGUUUGAGUUGAAUCGUCCUACAAUUUUGUUGAUGAACAAAAUUGACUUGGCCGAACCAAUUAGUGAUCGGCAGGCUCAUACAAAUCGAAUUGUUGAGGAAUCACGUAUUAUUAAACGUGGUCCACUUGAAGUAUACUAUACUCAGCUUAACGCGCCUGAAAAGCAGAAGGGGAUUUUGAAACGACUGAUGUCCAGUUUACCUCAUUUAGCUACUACCUCAGGGCAUCCUGCCAAUUCAGUUAUAACAGUUAUGGUCUUAGGUAUUCCAAAUAGUGGUAAAAGUACACUGAUUAAUGUUCUACGAAGUAUUGGGCAGGGAGGUCCUGGGGGUGCAGCAAGAGUUGGACGCACAGCUGGUCAAACUCGUUCUGUGGGUCAUCCGAUCAUUUUGUACAGAGGAAACUCAAGUCAUAUAUCGGAUGAUAUUGAUGACAGUGUAAUGGGUCUCACUGACUACAAAAUUCAGGUGUUUGAUACACCUGGUAUCUUAGAGCCUCGUGCUCGAACUUUAAGUGAACGACUUAGUCUUUGUGUUUGUGGAGCUGUGGAUUAUUCAUCUCUUCAACCAGAAGUACUAGUGGAUUACUUGUUAUUUUGGUUGAAUCGUCGUCAACGUACAGAAUACGUUUCUCUUUUUGAUUUACCUGGUCCUACCACUGAUGUUAACGAAUUAUUGAUCAGCGUGUGCUUUAAAAACAAAUUUUUCCUGACUGUAUCUAAACCAAGUUGGUUACCUAAUGAAAUAGAAACUUCAGAUGAGUUAUUUAAAAGUAAUAUCACUCAAAAGAUGGCUAUACCUGAUAUUAAACGUGCUGCCUUUCAUAUCCUUAGCUUAUUUAAUAAAAGAUAUUUUGGUCCAGUUACUUUCUUACCUGAGGAUGAAAAGUUAGCGGAUAAUUUCUUUCAUCUUGCUUAGAAAUGUUGAAACGAUUUUUUACUGAGCGAAUGCUUUUGUAAAUUGUACAUAACACAUUAUUUGCAAAUAAAUAAUCUACUUAUUGA